AUGACAGAAUUCAUUCUUGCGGGAUUCCAGUACACAUAUGUCAUCCAGAUGAUACUGUUUCCACUGUUUUUGUUUAUCUACCUUACCAUUCUUUUAGGAAACUGUGUAAUUCUUGCUGCUGUUAUAAAGAAUGAAAAACUACAAAAACCAAUGUAUUUUUUUGUGUGCAAUUUAGCUAUUUUAGACAUUUUGCUGACAUCCGUUACACUGCCAAGAAUAUUGUUUCAGUUUCUAACAGGUGUAAAUGUAAUUUCCUUUGCAGCUUGUUUUGCACAAUUAUGUAUUUUGCAUUCUUUAUUAUUAACAGAAGCUUUUAUUCUUGUUGUAAUGGCAUAUGAUCGAUAUUUGGCCAUCUGCAACCCUUUGCAUUAUACAAUGAUUAUGACCAACAAGGUUAACACACUUUUUGUUGUAAUUGCAUGGGUAACUGCAAUUUUUCUGAUUGUGCCACCUGUCCUUCUAACAGCACAACUGCCAUUCUGUGGCCCAAACAAAAUCCCCAGCUUCUUUUGUGAACACGUCUUUGUUAUCAGGUUAGCGAAGACUGAUGCACCAUCCAGUUAUGACAGUGGUUUAUUUAUUGGCAUAAUAAUUUCUCUUUUGCCGUUUUUGCUGGUAGUUUUUUCAUAUAUUAAAAUUCUCAUUUCUGCACUUAAAGUUAGUUCUCAGGAUGGUAUUCAGAAAGGGCUUUCCACUUGUACUUCUCACUUACUAGUUGUUCUUAUAUACUACACAACUUCAGGGAUUUCUACUGUUUCAUACAAGGUAGAAAACAUGCCUGAUACAGUCCGUGUGGUCUGUUCACUUUCAUUCAUUAUACUGACACCUAUAGCUAAUCCUAUGAUUUACACCUUGAGAAACAGAGAUAUGAAACUCACUAUAGCAAAGAUUGCAAGACUUGGAAAAAGUACUCCUGGUGAAAGAUGA